AGUCACAUGAUUUCAACAUGGUUUCACAUGAUUUCAACAUGGUUGACGUUCUGAUGAAAACAAUCACAUUAUUUCAACAUGUUUGACGUUCUAUGAUGAAAACAAUGCUUUUUCAGUUUGUGAAUUAUGGAUGAAUCGUCAGCAACGUCUAGCUUUGACAAUGACAUAGCAGCAGGACCUCCACCUACAGUUACAACUGUGGUUGGAAAGGUGCGCCCAUUUGCCAGCCUCCGGAAAGUUGAGAAACUCUUUCUCCUGGUUUCAGCCAUUAACAUAUUAGCGACGAUUGGACUGACCAUAGAACGACUUGUUGUCAUAAUUGCCGUCGAAAAGAAUCCUGACACUCCCGAUUUGACCUUUGCGAUCUUGUUGUUGAUCAAUUCAGCUUUUUGUACUUUCUAUGUGAUACAUGGUGUUCUGAGAGAAAGACGUUUUGAGAUCUUGGCGUAUGUUGCUGCCAUCUUGGUUGUGCUCGGCUACUGUGUCAUAGAGUAUAUUGUGAAUGCUGAAGGGAGGAAUAAGGUGAAACUGGUUCGUCUGAUAUUUGCGUGUAUCCUGGCGCCGCUGAAUGUCUACCUGGCAUUCCUGGUUGCUAAGGAGUUUGGAUUCUUGAGUUUCAGGAUAGUUGGAGCGUCUGAACUGCUGCAGCAUCUUUACAAACAAGCGGCUGCCUUCUCUUGUCUUCUCAAGUUUGAUUUGGAAGUGUCGAUCAGCUUCAUUGUUCUCGCACUCCAGCAAGGUACCAGGAUCACCUCGGCGGAAAUCAUCACACUUCUGGUUGGCCUUCCUUACUCUCUUGUCUAUUCUGUGUUAGGGACUGUGGCAAUGUUUAAGGAGUGGAAAGUUGCCAUGUGGAUAUUUGGAUUCCUUUCACUUCCAGGUGUAGGCUUCAUCAUUUUCAAGUUCUAUGAGCUUUACAGUUCUUUAGAUACUGAGGUUGUUGGUUCUGCUGCUGUUGUGACUUACGCUCCGCUGAUUGCUGGUUCUAUUUAUCUGAUUGUCCAUGUUGUCCUCAUCCUAGAAGCUGUGCUUGUUUACCGAGGAUUUGGGAAGGGUUUGAGAGAAGCAGCAUAUACUGCUCCCCCAAAUGAAAGGACUAAUCUGCUGUUUGGUGUGAGAGUGAAACGCAAUCCACCAAGGCAAUCAUAGAGCUCUUCAAGUGUUCAACUGAAUAAAACAACUAAUCUGCUCUCUGCUGUUAGAGUGAAAUGUGCUCGAGUGAGAAAAUCAUAGAACUGUGAUUCUGGAUGUGACUGAUGUGAUAUUGGAAAUUUUUACUAUUACUUGUACAAGAAUCACCUGAGUGAAUCGCCAACAGCCUCUCCUUUUACAAGACACAGUUCAAAGGUAUUCUCAGUCUGAGGCUGGAUUCACUUCCUUGACUCGGAGAGGUGGGCAACCCUCAGAGAGGUGGUUGCUGGUUUGCCCAUGCGAGUGUGUCCUGUCUCAUUAAGAAUUCAUUGGAUGAUGAAUAAGCUUUAUUGUCUUCUUUCUAAACUCUUGGAGGUCGAGGCUGCUACAAAGCACCACUUUGUAUUCAACUAAAACACUUUAUCUUCAAGAAAAAAUCUGAAAAUUCUUGUGUUUUCCGGCAUUAAAAUAUGGUUUGGGUAGUCACCCAUUGUACAUUUGGUUCCCUGCAUGCAUCUAUUAUCUCUGAAUUAGUGUGCUGUUAUCAUUUUUCUGUUGCUAGGUAACCUCUGUUUCUAUCAUGUUGAUCAUUUCACUGUUGCUAGGUUACAGCCACCUGAAUCAUGUUAUCAUUUAUCGUUGCUAAUAUAGUGUUUAUAAAUGUAUUUGUUAUUUUCCUAUGUCUUUGAAUAAAGCAUUAUUUUAAUA